GGAAACGUCGAUGACGUCACGUUGGUACACAAGAUGGCAGCAGCGACUCCUUGCGGAACGAAUCGCUGCGGCAAUGAACGAAAACAGCUGAGGAAAGAAUUGGAAAGGGGCCGCAAAAACCUCAUUGCAUACAUUGGUCUUGAAUGUGUCGUGGAGAGCCUCUUUGGCCUUGACUUUGUGAAGAAGAUAUCUCCCUUCAAAGAUGAAGAGGAGGAAGAGCAAAUCUGCGAGGAUUGGAAGGGAGAAGAGAAGUGUCUUCUGUGCCAGGCCAGACAACAGGCAGUGGAGGAUACCAUCGCACAGCACCAGGCCUACAUUGAUAAGCUAGAGUGUGGCUUGACCAACGGUCGAGCCGGCCGGCCAGAGCAUACGUCCCAUCAACAGAGGCUACUACGGGCCGAACAGUGGCUGGCUAAAUCAGUGAAUGAUAUCCAGACUCACGAGGUGGAGUACGGCUCCGACGGCGAGCAGAAUCAGCCCCUGGAUCUGAGCCGGCAGGGUUACCUGGAUAGAGAGGCUGCCAUCGCAGAUGGAGUGCUCGGCCCCUCAAACAAGCAGCACAUGCUCAAAGUCCCGUCGGUCACUGUUCAUCGGCCAUCCAAGAACAAAAUGGGUCGCCCCACCAAAGGGUACGGCUCGGCGUCCUACACCCAAGAUGACCUGAAGCUAGCACUUCAGGAGGUCCGGUCUGGCAAGGUUGGCACCCGACGUGCGGCCAUGUUGUUUGGCAUCCCUCGCUCAACCAUCCGCAACCAUCUCAACCGACAUAGCUUCCUCGUUGUAGAGGAAGACAACGACAUAUUGGAUGCUCAAGACGUGGCAGAGUUUGGCAUCCGGGGUAAGGGGGGCCUGGAUGAUGAGAUUGGUCCGGACGGGAAGUUGAUGCCCAACGGAAGACUCCUUAUCCAAGAUGAAGGGGAAGAUAUCGUUGCCCGGCUCCGCAGCUUUUUGGUCAGUCGCACCAUCCCCGUUAAGCACCUUGAUGAUGACCUGGAGAGUGGUGUCAGUCAGGAGAUACUUCAGGAUCUAGUGGCCUCCUACGUCAGGUUCAGUCUGGUUGCUGGUCUGGAUGUGGACCACUUACACCAGGAGAACAUCACCAAGACUAGACAACACGAAGACAGCGAGUCCAAGCUACCGCAGCACCUUUUAGAGGCACUCAUACAUUGUCAUCUCAGUGCUGAGCAGUCAUGUGCAAAGGUAAACGGCAGCUGCGACCCCAAAGCCUUGAAGACAUCCAUCAAGCAGCCACGCCAACAGGCUCUACCGGACCUAAAGAUCCCCCUGUACAAGCCCAUGAGCUCAUGCUCAGAUAACCAAGACUCAGACAGUGAUGAGAACAAGAAUGACAAGUUGGACAGUCAAGAUGGAGUGGACCUGCCAAGCUGGCAGCAAGGCUAUGGCCUGUCCUCUAGCAAGCCGUCCUCUCCACAGUCAUCUCAAAGAUCAGGCUGCUCUCAAGACGGGUCAGGGAAACGCCCAAAGCGGGGUCGUUACCGCUGUUACGAUCGUGACUGCCUAAUGCAAGCAGUCAACGCAGUCCAAAGAGGAGAGAUGACAGUCACCCGUGCCGGUAACGUCUUUGGCGUUCCACAUUCUACGCUAGAGUACAAGGUGAAAGAACGACACCUGAAACGUCUCGGCAAGCGGAUCGGCAGUCAGAAGAUCAAGACUGAGUAUGAUCCAGGGGAGCCAUCCAGCACGCAAGGCCUGUCUGCUAGUGUCUACCAACAGGAAACACAGCAGAUGCCUGCAAUCAGUGCUGUACACCGGCCAUUUGAGAGCUUCGCUGAGAGGUUGCGUGCAAUGAGUGAGAAGCAAGCCAUGCAUAAUAAUUUCAGUUUCCUCAAGCAGAGUCUUGCUGGGCCACAGCAGCAGCAGCAGCAGCAGCAGCAUCAGCAGCCAACGGCCUACCUAGCCCAGACCUUACUAGCCCCGGGUCUCGGUAUCAGCCCGGAGCUUACCGAUAAGUGCUACGUACUCGAUGGUCAGCAUGCUGCUGCUUUGGCUUCUCACUCCUUGGGUCUGUCCAAACAGUGGAUCGGCUGGCCGGUGCAUCCUGCCUUCAAGGCCGCCGCCUAUCCACACCUCAAGGACGGGCUGAAUGGAACACCAGCCGUCCUGUACGCUGCGCCUGAUCUGAUGGGCAUGCGGAAUUCCUCGGUGAGUGACGCCAUCAAUCGUCUCGUGGAAGCCCAGAUUUAUGACUCCCUCUACGGUGGGGAGCCUCAACCGCAAACCUCGAGAGGCGCAGGUAAGAGUGAGAGUAGGUCCAAUCAGUUAGAAUCCUGCAUAAGAGAGGCCUUGGAUGCGAGGCCCUCUACCUCUAGUGUCAAACAAGAGCCGGCAUCGCCUGAUGGGGUCCGAGGUUAUGGGUCAGGUGAAGGGUCAAAGAAGAGAUCUCAUCUGCCAGACAGUGAACCACCGCACAGUGCCAGUAAAAUAGCAAGGGCUGAUCAGGAUUAAUGGCAACUAAUUUACAUGUGUGGUAAAUUUUAUUGAGAAUAAGAUUUCAUAUCAUUUUGAGACUUCGGAAGAGUAAGUUAGGUCCGUUGCUCCAAGCCUCCAAGGGGGUUAAUAGGAAGAAUAUUUGUACAGUGGAACGCCGCUAUAAGAACUUCGCGGUAUCCACAGAAAGUGUUUGUAAUUUAGCAAUCGUUCGGUAUAGCACGUUCAAGGUGUCAGUACUCCGGUACUCACUUUUCAAUAAGUAGUGCCCAGAACUUCAACCUGCACACCCGCCGGCCCUGGUAGUUACAGCAAAACGACUUUGAACACGUGCCGACUAUCGAAUCAUGUAAUUACACAGUUUUUAAUUGAGCUUGAGUUUUUAAUAUUCCUUGUGGAAAUAAUAGCAACUUGUCACUCUUCUGUUGACUUUUUAACAACAAUAAUGUUUGGGUAGUUUUGUACACAAAAAUCGGAAUCCAAGGACGAUGUUUGGUAUAGCAGUGUUCGGUAUAGCGACGUUCCACUGUAUUAGUUUCUUUGACAAGUUUUUCUUUUUGCUUUUGAUCAUUGAGAGAGUCCCUGUGACAAUUACAGUCAGAUCGUGUGAGUAAAUCCUAAAUGCUGCAUCACAAUGUGUACGUGCUUCAAUGCCGUUGCUUAAUUCUGCAGAAAGUGCGAAACAUGCAUCAUACAUGAACAUGUGUUUUUGCGCCUGUACACAAUGUCAGUUACAGGAAGUUUGCCGUACAAAAAUGUACAUGUAUAUGUAGUAAUAUUAUGGUUACACCUGUAUAAGAUAUAUACAAUGUACAAUGUAUAGAGGAAUCUUAAUAGCUUGAACAGUUGGACUUGUACAUGGCACAAGCAAAUUGUACUUUCAUUUUGUCAACAUGUUAAAAUAGUCUCUCGGUAUUUAGCCAAGGUGCUGACGGCAAAUCUUUCAUGUUUUUAAGCAAGUGUAGUGUGCUACAAUCCUUAAAACUUAAAUAAGUUUAAGAUUAUGAACUUUCUCCAUUUUUCUCCUUUAUUUAAAAUUUUUAAUAAUGAAUUAUUAAAACAGAUACUGAAAAUUACACAUUUUGUAUUUCAAGUUGACUUUUAACACAUGUACAUGUCACAAAUACAUGUACGGAGUGUUUUUUUUCUUUUACAUUUUAAUACCAUUCGCCUUUUUUCCUAGGGGGUAUUUCUAGUUUCUUGUUUUCUCAUACUUUUAAACUUUCUUGUGUUUCUGUUUUAGUUAGAAUAUAUUAGUUAGUUUGUGAGAUUUGAUUUUAGGAGGGAAUUAGUAAUUACAUUACAUGUAUGGGUCAAAGAAAAGACAACUUUCAGACAACUAAAGCUCUUGCAACUCACAGAUGAAUUAAUUGUGUUCUGUUUUGUCUUGAAUUAGAAAAUAAGUGGCCCUCCAUUAGCACAGUACCCUGUAUGUACAUACCGUACCUCGCGUAAAAUCUUUUGAGAAAUUUGUCGGGCUCACAAAAAAAUAAAUCUUGCUUAACCUCCAAAAAGUUAAGUUCUUUUACAAUACACCAGCAAAACCAGGAUGACACAUGAUUGUGAAUGGACCAAUAAGAAUUGAGCUCUCGCUCAUGAAUAUGUAUGGAGGUAUAGUAACAAAGCCCAUACAUCAAUACAUGUACUGUACACGUAACCGUUCUACAGCUCGUUCUUCAGCUUUCAUCCGAGUACGGACCUAGGGCUGAGUUGUCUGAAGAGCUGCUCUUUUGUUAUGACCUAACUUUUCAAAACUUUAUUCAGGUGGAAAUUUACUUGUCUUGUGUUGACUGGAAUUAAUGUUUACCUCGUAAAAAAAAAAAUAAGUAUUGGUUUAAAAAGAAAUGUGUAAAAUAGUAAACUCUAUGCUUGCUUGCCUUAAGGGGGCAGUUAUAUUUAUUAUCUUUCAAUUUUGGUUUUUGUUUUUGUUUUAGCAAAGAAAUAGUCUAUAUGUUGGUAUGACUCACUAGUGCAAUAUUUACACGUAGACACCUGUCAAAAGAGUAUAUAGGUUUAGUAUAUUAUAUAUUUCACUUCUCUUCUGCAAUUCUUCAAUUUACAUUUUAUGGAAAGUGUAGGGUACGUGUACGUGCAGUAAAUGCAUAUUUUUUGAAUGUUUGUUUUGAUGAAUAAUUGCCGACUACUUUGAUAGGACAGUAGAGUGCAAUUUGCGAUAGUGUGCUAAUUAAUGUUCACCCGUAGAUUUGUGUUGAAAUUGAAACGCUGUAUGAGUAAAUACAUGUAAACACACAUUUUAAAAGUUUGGAUCGCGCACGUAUGUGUAUGCCACUGUAACAAUACUGUCCUGCACACACUGGAACGGCUAGGUUUUAUUCACAUUAGGGGGAUGUGCGUAAUACCAUGUCUGUAUGUCAUGCACAAGAAUACGUGGUCACGGGUACAUGUGGUUAAACACAAUUUUGAAAACAAAAAGGAAAAAUUGUGUCAUAAACAAGGAUAACUGUCAGAUAAAUGAUACCAGGAUACGUGUAUGUAGCUUAGUCCCGGCUGCAUGAAGAAAAACAUUGGGUGAAAUAUUGGCACUGGGAAAUAUCAAAUAAAUCAAACUGUCCAGAGUGUCGUUCAAUUACUUUCUCUUUUUGUGGGGGGGGGGGGGGGG